UGGUGGAACAAGCGGCGGCUGCGAACCAAUCAGCUUCGAGUUUGCUUCAAUGUUCCAAAUAACAUUUGUGGCAGAGAGUCCAGAAUCGGCCGGAUUCGAAGAUGGAGGGCUCCUCUGUGUAUAUGUGUUUCCCCUGUUACCGGGAGUUUCCUACAUUGGAGGAGGUUCUCACCCAUCAACUGACCUGCACUGCCGAGAACACAGGGCCCCCGCCGGCCGGGACCCUUGUGGAUUCAACAGCUGGAAUAUCAGAGUUGGCGGUUUCUGAGGUGGAGGAACGGAUCUUGCGGGAGCAGGAGACGCUUCUAUCUUCUGCCGAUGCGCCGCGAGUUCUGUAUCAGUGCGCUGAAUGUGAGCUGCUGUUCGAUGCGCUCUCGCUGUGGCAGCAGCACCGCAAGAUGGGCUGCUUUCAGGAGACCAGGCCUGAUCCUAUAGUGGAGCAGCAACAGCCCCCUGAUCAGGAGGAGGGUGAGGACACCGGGCAGACGGUGCAAGGGGAAACGGUGGGAGCAGAUAGUGUGAAGCAUGACGUGAUCAUGGAGAACUCUGCUGAAGGCAUGGCAGAGGUAAUUGAAAGUAAACCUGCAGAAGCUCAGGAGGCCGAAACGACUCAGCAUCAUGUCUCUCAGAGCAUCAGUAAGCAACCUGUGCCUGAAGCCUCCAAGCGUGUAGUCCCCAAGGUCGAAUCAGAGGAGGAAGACAGUCCACCUGUAAGACGGCGAGGGCAAAAGAAACCCAAGCCUCCUUCCAGCCUUCUCUGUGUGGAGUGCGGUCAGAGUUUCAGCUUGGUCUCUGAGCUGGUUUCCCACCGCAAGGUGGCACACGACCUGACGGAUGCCAUCCACCGGUGCACCGUGUGCGGGGAAGGCUUCAUCAACACCACUCUUUUCCUGUACCACCGCAAGCAGCACCGUGCACAAGUAGAGGAGGAGCAGAAGGAGCUUCCUCCACCAGUUCCUCAGCUAAACAACGCCCUCCUGGAGACUCCAGGAGAGGGCCUAUUGCUGCUGGCCACCGCCGGCGAGGGACAGAGCUUGCUGGAGAUAACCAGCUUGGAGCAAACUGUUUCUGAUGGAGUUCCUGUUGCUCAAGUGGAGGUGGAACUAGACCCCGAGAACAUGAAAGGAGAAGAGGGCCAACAAAGUGGCCAAGUGUCUGAAGAAACCAUGACUGAAGUCCACGAAGAAAUGGUGAUUGAAGGCAUCGUGAAUAUGGAGGUGCACGAACAGGUUGGGGAGGAAGUGUGCACCAAACAUGAAGCAGUUGAACAGAAUCAAGUAGAUGCAGAGGCCAGCGACGCACAAGAAGCACAAAAGGAUUCGACACCACCUUCUUCAGGCUCUGGAGGCCAGAGUUUUCUCUGCAGUCAGUGUGGGUCAUCUUUUAAACAGGAGUACGAGUUGGUAGACCACCGCAGUACAGCACACGGCCUCGAGGGGGCACUGCACACUUGCAUUGAGUGUGGGGAGGAGUUUAUGAGCACCACUAAGUUCUUGUACCAUCGCAAGGAACAUCACAGGAAUGGUUCAACAGGGCUGGCAACAUCCCCAGCUGCCAGACUGAGCCAGAUCUUUACCUCCCCAGGCAAACAGAGGGACAUCAUACUGCUUAGACGCUCAGAACCCGGGCACAGUCAAACUUCUGCCGAAACCACCAACCCUCAACCGGAAACAAACAUCGAGGCGCCGGCCAAGCUGACUCGCGACUGGUCCCGCACCCCUCUUCCCCACAAGUGCCCGCACUGCGGCCGGGGCUUCACCCGACGCAGCCUCCUCCGAGAGCAUGUUUUCCACCACACGGGCGAGAAGCUCUUUGGUUGCCACAUCUGCAAGAAGAGCUUCCCUUCUCCGGCCAGCCUUCUGCGCCACAGCAUGACCCACGGGGCCUCCCGCGCCUUCUCCUGCCCCAUCUGCGCCAAAGGCUUCUACCAGCCCACCUCACUCAAGCGCCACAUGCUCACCCACGAUGAAGGUGACAGGAGGAUGAGGACGUCUGGAAAAAUGAGGAGCCGCUCUGUCGGAGAUGGCCGGCUGCACCCCUGCCCCGACUGUCCGGCCAGCUUCAAGUUGGACUCGCAGCUGCAGACCCACAGACUCCUGCACACCAGCCACCCUUUCCCCUGUAACGUGUGCGGGGAGGCCUUUAAGCGGAGGAAGGAGCUCGACCUGCACUCGCUCAUGCACCAAGACAAGGAGCCGAAGUCAUGUCCUCAGUGCGGCUCUCAGUUCCUGAACCAGUCCGUGUUGGACCUGCACCUGCAGCGCUGUAGUGGGGAGCCCCCGCAGCCGCGGCGCUAUAAAGGCCACGGCCGCGGGCGAGUGGGUGGACAGCUCGAGUGCGACAUGUGCGGCCACCGCUGUGUUACCCAGGACGGCCUGGACCUCCACCGUCUCUCGCACACCGGCCAGACGCCCCUGCGCUGCCCCCUCACGCCCUGCAGGCGGCGCUUUGCCUCCAGCACUGCUCUGGCCGAGCACGUUUACGCGCACUGCCGCGGCAACAUGGGCAAACGGAGCGCCCCUCGUCGUUACGCCUGCGAGUUCUGCGGCAAGGAGUUCGCCUAUGCAUCCACAUUCGCUGUGCACAUGCGCACACACACUGACGAGAGGCCUUUCGAGUGCUCUCAGUGUGGGAAGCGCUUCCGGCAGCUGCCUCACCUGCAGGAUCACGAGCGGAUCCACAGCGGCGAGCGGCCGUUCACCUGCUGGGUCUGUGGUAAGAGCUUCAGCGUGGCGGCGCGGCUGACGGAGCACGCCCGGGUUCACAGCGGCGAGCGUCCCUACGCCUGCCCACGCUGCCCCACCGCCUUCCGCUCGCGCCCCAACCUCGACAAGCACCUGCGCCUCCACGCCAGCGACCCCUCCGACCCCAACCAGGGAGCUCUGGACCAGGAACAGGCCGUGCAGACCAUCCUGCUGGUGCAGGAGGCCCCGGCCUCGCCCGCUCCGGCAUCAAACUCCGCCCAGCAUAUAGUCCAGGAGGGGACACUGGUGGCUGAAUCGGAGCACGGCUCCUCAGUGGUCUACCUGCAUCCCAACAUCUCCAUGCCUACCAUCCCCGUAUCCUCAGGAGCGGUCCCUGCCAUAUCAGUGGUGGCGGGCCAGGAGGUUCCACACACCAUAGAGUUCAUUAUAGAGGAGACCGUCUGAAGAGAGAGAGAGAGAGAGAGAGAGAGAGAGAAAAAAUGUAGAGCAAAUGAUAGACGAGGAGAAAGUGACGAAGAGCGAUGGAGCAAUUUGUACAAAAGUUGGCCUCAGAGAUGGUUUAAGGUCAGCAGGUCAGGGUAAAGCCUUACAGGGAUGUGUGAGACGUGUGUGUUGAAGUUCUAAAUCUGAGAGUGAGUGAGUGAGAAUGAGAGAGAGAGAGAGAGAGAGAGAGAGAAAAAGAGAGAGCAAGAGAGAAAGAGAGAGAGAGAGAUGUGAGUGGUAAUGUAAAAAGCUUUGCAAACCCGGUUCCAUGUAUUUUUUUCUUUUCCUUUGCCGCCAACAGCAGAACAAAGACCCACAUUCAGCUGCAAUGAAAUCAGAAAUUUGUGAAAAUAUGACUUUCAACAUUUAAAAUCACUGUAAAUAUUUCAGCUUCUGAUUUACAGUAUUUGACUGUAAAAGUUUGAAGAGUUUGAAGUUUUUAAUAAAAGUGUUGGAGCUUUGCA